GGUGGGAUGUUUACCCGGAGCUGGAGCUCUGUUCUGGGCUGCUGCUGCUGAGAGCCGCGCUGUUUACCAACCUGUUGAGCAGCUCCUCCUUCCGGCGCUCCUACAGAACAGCAAGACAAGUGUAACAGAGUGAUGGCGGCCCCACUCAGAACACUGGUGGAUGACUAUUCCAGAUACCACCAAGCCUUCCAGCUGUUUCUGGAACGCUCCUCUGAACACCAGUGCAUGAAGGAUUUCAUCCAUGGGACUCUUCCAGACAUUCUGGCCAGAAUUGAAUCUGGACAGGACACUCUGAAUGUGAUGGGAGUGGGAAGUGGAGCAGGUGAGAUUGACCUGGAAAUGCUCAACCAGCUCCACUUAAAGCAUCCAGAGGCCCAACUGGACAAUGAGGUGGUGGAGCCCUGCGGUGACAUGAUUUAUAAAUAUAAAGUUUUAACCUCGAAGACGCCGGGCCUCGAACACAUCACCUUCAGGUGGAACACGAUGACGGCAUCUGAGUUCGAGAAGAACUGGAAAGAGAGAAACGCUGAGAAAAAGAUGGACUUUAUUCACAUGAUUCAGAUGCUGUACUAUGUGAAGGAUCCAGAGGCCACGGUUUCAUUUUUCCGAAGUUUACUGAAGAAGAAUGGAAAACUGCUCAUCAUCCUGGUCUCAGGAGAGAGCGGGUGGGGCAGGCUGUGGAGAACCUACAAGGCCGAGCUCUGCAACGCCGACAUCAGCCAGUGCAUCACAACCGGAGACAUCAGGACCUUCCUGGACUCCAAAGGAAUAUCGUACCAGAAGCACACCCUGCCGUCCCACAUGGACAUUACAGAGUGUUUCACUGAGGGGGACGAGAAAGGAGAGCUGCUGCUGGACUUCCUGACCGAAGUGAUGGACUUCAGUAAGAGCGCGUCUCCAGAGCUGAAGGCCGGAGUGCUGGAGCUCCUCAGGCAUCCAGACUGCAGUAAGGAGGUGGACGGCAGGAUCGUAUUCAACAACAACCUGGAGGCUGUAGUGCUCGACCCGUAGCUCACAAACAGCUUCAGAUACACUAAAUACAGAGAAUACAGAGAAUUACAAUUACUAAAUAGUUCUAAUCCCAACUGAAUCAGCACCACAGAGAAGUAGAUUGUGUAUUAGUAGAGUUAUAAAUGCAGUAAAUCAAUUAAAAUUAAUAGAAUUAAGAAAAUGCAGAUAUUUCAGUGUUGUAGUUUAUUUAGUACUAAAACAAACAGUAUAUCAGUCAAUAUUUCAGCCAGUAUCAGUUAUAAUUAAGUAUUAUAAGUACAUAACGGUCAAAGAAAUCAUACCAGAAGAUCUGUGCAUGCGUGUAAGCAAAGAUGUUCUUGAGCAGAGUUCACAACCAGUUCAGAGACAAGUUCAUACCGGUCACAAUGUGUGUGUUUUUUUCAGGAGUCAUAAAUCUCAAGCUCUGUUUAGUGGGGGAUGAUCUUCCCCCUGCGGCCUCAACAGCCCAGUGAGCCUCUAAUAAGCCUUAGUGCAGUAGGAGACUAUUUGGAACAAAUAUCUUAUGUGUUUUGUCAUUUAUUGCUGUAGUUUUUUUUAUUAAAGUUUAAUUUAGUAACUUAAAUUCAGAUGAUUCAGAACAAACUGUACAAAAAUGUAUGAUUUAGGCUUGUUGUCUAUGAACAGUGUACAGUAUAGUGAUAAUAUAAUGGCACAAUCAUGUGAUUACAUUGUUUUAAUGUGCAAUGAUAAACCUUUGGUUAUUUUGUUGAAUUAGAAUAUAUUAAAUGACCUAUAAAAAUAAAACUGUUUUUGAACAAAAUCAA